AGGAAGCAAGGAAGACAAGACGAACAAGGAAAGCGAAUGGUAAAGAAGAAAGGAAAACGGCAAGAGAAUGGUAAGAGAGGCCAACAAGGAAAGAAAAAACAAGGAAGACAAGACAAACGGCAAGAAAAGCGAAUGAAGAAGCAAGAAAGACAAGACGAACAAGGAAAGCGAAUGGUGAAAAAGGAAGCGAACGAACAACGGGAGAAGCAAAUGACAAGGAAGAAAGGAAAAUGGCAAAAGAAUGGUGAGGGAGGCCAACAAAAAAAGAAGAAGCAAGAAGACAAGACGAACGGCAAGAAAAGCAUAUGA